AGUCAAUAUAUCAUGCGUUCCUUGCCGUCAAGACUUCCAAGCUUUCUUGGCGUCCCCACGACGUUUUUUUAUUCUUGAUCUUCUGGACAGGGAUGUGCAUUUCCCUCUUCUGCAAACAUGGCGGAUUCACGACCUCUCCCCGACAACGACACACUCGAACUUCCGCCUUCUUACGACGAAGCGCUUCAAUCGGAAUACCUGCAAGGGGGCACAGGUGUUACAGAUGACGGUCGCGUCAAUCUGGACGCUGACUCUAGAUUCUUCCGAACGCUAUCACGGUUCGUUCCCGAUUUCAAGAUCCCUCCCACCGAAAACCCCGACGAAGCUGGCCCGUCCCAACCAACUCAGCCGCCAAGCUAUUCGGAUAACGAGACGGUCGUACCGAAGAUUAAAUCCGGCCACUGGAAUGUUCGACUCAAUAUUGUCAUUCAAAUCGUCGGAAGUCGUGGAGAUGUCCAGCCUUUUGUUGCAAUCGGAAACGAACUCCAAAACUGGGGCCACAGAGUGCGAUUGGCGACGCACAAUGUCUUCGAGCGUUUUGUAACCGAAUCCGGUCUCGAGUUUUUCCCAAUCGGUGGCGAUCCCUCGGCGCUCAUGGCUUACAUGGUGAAAAACCCGGGACUUAUCCCGAACAUGGGAUCUCUCCGGCUCAAAGAGAUUCAGGACAAAAGGAAAAUGGUGGCAGAAAUGCUUGACGGCUGCUGGCGAUCAUGCAUUGAUCCCGACCCAAGAACGGGGAAACCGUUUGUCGCCGACGCCAUCAUUGCGAACCCACCAAGCUUUGCCCAUGUGCAUUGUUCUCAGGCCCUUGGUAUUCCCCUACACAUGAUCUUCACCAUGCCUUGGUCAACCACGAGGGCGUUUCCCCAUCCGCUAGCAAAUAUCUCGGCGCCAAAGACAGAAUCUGGGACUCAGGGUGUCUCAAACUUUGUUUCCUAUUCUAUGGUGGAGUGGAUGACUUGGAACGGACUCGGCGAUGUGAUAAACGACUGGCGAAAAGCUCUUGACCUAGAGCCUGUACCACUUUCUGAGGGUCCAGGCAUCAUCGAAACCUUAAGAAUCCCAUUUACGUACUGUUGGUCUCCAUCAUUACUACCCAAGCCCGAAGACUGGGAUGAGCACCUUGAUGUUUCUGGUUUCAUCUUUCGAGAGCCCCCCGAAUAUACGCCUCCCUCCGAGUUAGUGGCCUUUCUCGAUCAAGGGCCUGCGCCCAUUUAUAUUGGCUUUGGAAGUAUUGUGAUGGAUGAUCCGAGCAAGGUAACAGGCAUCAUAUUGUCAGCUAUCGAGUCAACUGGAGUGCGAGCCAUCAUCUCGAAGGGCUGGGGUGGACUGGGAGAAGAGGAGUCCCGUGAAGGCAUUUACUACAUCGAGGACUGCCCUCACGAGUGGCUGUUCCAGCAUGUGGCCGCUGUGAUACAUCACGGAGGUGCCGGCACCACGGCCUGUGGCUUAAAGUGCGGCCGCCCAACAGCCAUUGUAUCCUUUUUUGGAGACCAACCGUUUUGGGGUCAUAUUGUUGCCGCAGCUAAUGCUGGACCUCCUCCGACUCCCUUCAAAGCCCUGAACAGUGACAAUCUUGCAGCUGCCAUCCGGUUUUGUCUGAGAGAGGACAUACGUGUUUCUGCGCAACAGAUUGCUAUGAAAAUGAACCAGGAAUCAGGUGUCAGAAGGGCGGUGCAGGCGUUUCAUGCACAUCUGCCCAUUGCUGACUUGCCGUGUGAUAUUCUGGAUGAUCGCCCUGCAGUUUGGACAUAUAAGCUGAAAGGGCGGAAAGGGAAACAUGUGAAGCUUUCAGGUAUGGCUGCAGAGAUUCUGAUCGAUCACCUCAAGGUGGACCCCAAGAAGCUACAUCUGCACGUCUCUUCGCCCAUUCUCAUUCAGAACCAGCGAUGGGAUCCCAUCACAGGAACAGCAUCUGCCGCCGUGGCAACGUAUUACGGAAUGUUUUCAUCAGUUGCCAACAUCUUUAUCAAGCCUGUUAAAGCCUACCGCUCAGCGAUUGCAGAAGAGACUCCGAAAAGCGACGAACAUACUGCCGUUCAAGCGAGUUCUAGCUCAUCCUCGAUUAAAUCUACAGCUGAUGGUGUGACACCAAUGAGCCCGCCACUGCUUCAUCGAUCGGUCUCUGCAACUAAUCUUUCAUUACGCUCUUCGAGUGGUACGCAAUCCGACAAGCAAAGCACCAGAAGCCACGCUCGUGGCGCGAAAAUAGCGGGUUCCAUGGCUUUGGCAUCCGCUUCCGGUGUCGGCGGGUUUUUCAAACAUUAUUCCAAGGGCGUCUUUGUCGAUAUUCCCCUAGCGUUUGCCGAAGGUUCUCGAGCAUUGCCAAAGCUCUACGGAGAACAGGUUCGGGACUACGGCACAGUGACCGACUGGAAGUCCGGGCUGGUCGUGUCGGGAAAAAGCUUGGUCCUUGGAAUCGGAGAGGGCUUCGCUGACUUGGCGGUUAAACCAAUUGAAGGCACAAUCCAGUCUGGCGUCACCGGAGGCGUUCUGGGAUUAGCGAAGGGUUUCAUAGGAUUCUCGACAAAAGUCUCCUCCGCCGCAUUUGGAACUGUUGCAUACCCCAGCCUGGGUAUUUAUAGGAGUCUGCGAACCGCGCUCAAGACAAAGACCCGAACUUCAAUUAUGAAGGCUAGGCGACAAGAGUCGAAGCAAUCGCUAUCCGACUUGAGGAGCUCUGGUUCGCCCAAGUUUGCGGAAGAAGACAUAAUAGUGGCCUUUGAUCAACAGUUGGAUCAUUGAUAGAGAGACCCUGAGUCAAUUCUUACUCUGGAAUAACACGUUGGUGGUCAAUAUCUAGUGACGCCACCGUGUGUAGCUAUCCCUUAGCGUUACCUACGUUUUUUGUUUUUCCGGGUAACUUCAACAGACACAAUACCCAUACCGGAUGUAGAAGGUUUUCUCUUUUCCUAGGUGUGUUGGCAUAGUUGAAUGAUCCUAUUGGAAUGCGC